ACACGUAAUUUAUUAGGACUGCUACCAGAAUUGACUGCAUUCAUUACAACUUCAUGGUGGCAUACACAACGUUCAUCAAAGAUGGAUUUACACAUGCGGUAUGCUGGUACAUGUAUUGCUUCAUCUACCCUUUGUUUUAAUAGAAGGUUAAUGUGACAACCACAUCACUUCCACAAUGUCAGCGUCGGCUAGAAGUGCAGCUAGGACAACCAACAGCUGCAAAGUUCCGGCCAUUAACUCGGCUUUCAAGGCGCAGUCACGAAAAGAGCAGGACAAGCUGAAGGGUGCCCUCGCCAAACAUCUUCGUCAGGAUAUGAAGAGGUUGUUGGAUGAGGGCACCUUUGCCGAUGUCCGUCUGCUUGUCAACUCAGAGAGGAUACCAGCCCACUGUGAAAUCCUGCAGGCCCGCCUUGCUGAGUUCUUUACUGUGGUGAUCCAGCCCCGGAUUGUAGAAACGGAAGAGGAUGAGAAAGUUGUUGAUUUGUCUGGACUAGGCAUAACUGCCUUGGAUCUUAAGAAUAUGCUAAGAGCUGCAUACACAGAAGAUAAUGUUAUGCCUGACUGGGAUGUUGUCAAAGGUAAGAUGAACCCACAAGACCUGGUCAAAUCUAAAACUGACACUGACCAGCAACACGUGGACACUGAAUACAGCCUCCCUGAGACCAACACAGUCAAUAGUCAGGUGACUAAUUCAGCUCAGGAAGCUGCUUCUCUCAAAAGUCAAAUGGAAAUUCCUGAUGCUAAUGUUGGGAACCAGAUUGGAACAACUGAUGCUUCAACCAUGAAUAUUUGUGAAAAUAUUGGCUUGGAGAGUGUGAAGACCACAGUGGGAUGCGAACCUGAAACCAUGGAAAAAAAUGCUCCAGACAUGCAGGACAGACCCUUGGAACAACCAGAUUUGGAAACUGAAAAGCCAUCAGAUAGAAGUCAAUCAUUUGAAGGUAGUGGAGGCAGGAAAAGUACAGUUUCCAGUAGCGCAGAGUCACAAACCAAACCAACAGGGAUGAACCCCAAGGUGUCAGCAAAGAGUGGUAACUUGUCUGCAGAAACCAGACUGCAGUCUUCCCUUGGCGAAAGCCCACUGCCAGUGGCAUCUUGCCGUUUGGGGAGAGACUUACUGGGUAUUUUCACGGAUGACUCAGCUCCUGAUGUCAUCAUCAAAGUAGAUGGGAAAGAGAUACCUGCACAUAGGUUCAUGCUGUGUGCCAGGUCCCAGUAUUUCGCCGCCAUGCUGCUGGGAAGUUGGAGAGAAAGUAGCUCAUGUGAGAUUGAACUCACAAGCUUCACUUAUGCUGCAGUGAUCCUUGCAUUACGAUUCAUCUAUGGCGGUGCCUAUGAACUUCCAGAUGGUGUAAUACUAAGGGAUGUACUGUACAUGGCUGACAUGUAUGCCUUAGACAUGCUCAAGGAUGUUGUUGUGUUCAAGCUGAGAAAGGACUAUUGCCAUUUCUUCCAUAAGCCUUGCAGUAUGUGCUUAGAGUAUAUCCCAGAAUGCUUACUGCUGAUCUCCAACAUUGACCUCUCCAAUCUCACUGAUGAUAUCUUCAGUUGGCAGGUGCAAUUUCUUGAUCGGACCUGGAGUCAGAAGGCUUUUGCUACCCUACCUCAGGACCUGCUCGUCAGAUGCAGAGAUUUUGCCGUCAGGUCAUUGUCUCGGAAAUCAGCUGUUGGGCUGCUGCUCCAGAUUGACAAGCUGGUCUGCAAUCUACCCCACGUCAGUUGGACCAAGGUCAUUCGUUCCGCAGCCCUGCAUCUGCAGGAUGCCUGUAUUAAAUUCAUAGCCAUGAACUUUAUGGGCAUUGUUGAGGAAGACUCCUUCUUGAGUCUGCUUGAGGGUAUGAAUUGGAAGAAGGACAUAGUUGAACCAGUGUUUGACUGCGUCAUUUCCUCUCUGACAAGAGACUUAGCUAACUUCACAUUCCUAGCUCUGCAUUCCCUCCAGAUAACUCUAACAGACGACUUUGAUAAAGGAAAAUGGAACCAGGAUGCUGUUGCUAUGGUGCACAAGUUAUACUCACAGUGUUACAAUUACAUGGUUAGCAAUGUCAAUCUGGUGGUCCGAGCUGGAGGCUGGAAUCGACUGCCUGAAGACCUUAGAGAACGUAUCAAGAAAGAGGGAAUGUUUGUUGAAAGCCACUGGAAAGCACCAGCCCGUAGGCCAGUUCUCAGCAGCUCACUGAAGGGGAAAAGCCAAGCGUGGUACAGAAGGAAUGCGAGUGAUUAUUAAGUGAAAGAUUUGAGGUUGCUUUGAGUUUGGAGAGGUGCUUUUUCUGUCUUUGUCUUGCUCUUGGGAUGUCAGAAGUCGUUUGUCACCAGAUUGUUAUUUAAUAGGAUUUCAGAGAGCAUUGCUGUGUGGUAGAUGUGGAGUUUUGCCGUAUGUUUACCAAAUACAAUUACCAUAUAGUUUGAUGGGAUGUAAUUAGAGUUGGUCUGAAGCUGAUAAUUUGGUAACGUGUCUACAGCUGACACUUAAUACGUUUUGUGAAGACUGUGAUGACUGGAAACUUUUCUGUCAGUGCAUUUUCCAAGUUCAUUUCAAUGCCAUUCUUAUUUGUAUUGAUAAUUGAUGUAAGUGUAGCUCCAAUGUCAUAGUUGCAUCACUAAUUGGAAGUUGAAAGAACAAGUCAAUCAGACCGUCCUCUGUUCUUGGCUAGGAUCUCAAUGAAUGGUUAGUCUGGAAACAAUUGUUUUAUCCCAACUAGCUCAGUCAUUCACAAUGUCUGUUCUUGCAUGAUAUGAUUUAUGUACUACCUUUAGGGGCCAUUCACAAUUAUCAACAUUUUCACAAGUGUACAAAGCCUACACCUUUUUGAGACCUCCCCUGAAAGUGUACGACGAAAAUGUUGCUUUUUUCUGCACAAUUAUAGUUUAUACAAAGGUAGGUACCGUCGAGAUACUGUGAAGCCAGAUUCGACUUUGCAGUAUCUCGACGCGAUACGCCGGCCACGCACGCGGUGAAUGCAACGCUGGUGCACGCAGCGUAAGGCCUAUGGCAGACCCAAAUCAGACCUGUCUGCAGGGGCACAGAAAUUGGGGAAACAAAUCAACAUUUUUUGAAAUUCUGAAAGUGUAUGGCGGGCUUAUACCCCUCCCCCAGCAAACAUUUUGUAUGCUUGUGAAAAUGUUGAUAAUUGUGAACGACCCCUUAAUAAGGGAAUACAUAUGUGCUUGGUCGGUCUUGUGCAUUUAAGAUCGGCUCAGGAGAAUGGAUGAACCCAGCGGCUCGCGCAUUAUCAGCAUUCAGUCUCUUGAGCACAAAGUAAUUCCCAAUCAUAAAUGCCUUUUUGUAGUCAGAGAAUCAAAAGAAGUCGGUAUAUGAUGGAUAUGAUAUGAUGGAUUUCCAACGGUUUUGUUCUGGAAUUUUACUUUCAUUUUCCUGAGCACACCCGUCAGUUUAUAGUAAAGUAUAGUCCUUGUGCAAGUUGUCCCAAAAAAUCUCCUAAUAUGGACUUGGUGUGCACAUGGCAAGCCGCGUGCACACAGACUCUUGACCAAUACAGACGAUUCACAAUAGUAUUCCAGCAAGAGUUUGCAAUGCAUUGG